CACGUUGCAGGCAUAAUAAUUAAAGCCUUAUUUUCCCCCUUCGCCACAGAAAUUCCUCCGGUACAAGUGCACCCCGUGGACACCAACCCGUCUACUCCAUCAGAGACACACUGCAGGCGAAGGAGGAGUGGAAAUGUGCUUCUGGACAAGGCUCUCGGGACCCUGCCUGCCAUUGCUCCUUCUCCUCGGCCUUGUGCUCUCUGCUGAGACACAGAAACCCUCCGCCUGGGAGAGCGGCGGCGCUUGGAGUCCUGGCCAGCUGACAGCAGUCCUCCGUGUCCUCUCUGCUGGGGACCACCCGCCCCUGAACCACUCCAGAAGCCUCAUCAAAACGUUGUUGGAGAAAACUGGCUGCCCACGCAGGACAAAUGGACUUCGAGGAGGCUGCAACCUGUGCUUUGAACCAGAUGCCCUGCUGCUAAUUGCUGGAGGAAAUUUCGAAGAUCAGCUCAGAGAGGAAGUGGUUCAGAGAGUUUCCCUUCUUCUCCUCUAUUACAUUAUUCACCAGGAGGAGAUCUGUUCUUCAAAGCUCAAUAUGAGCAAUAAGGAGUAUAAGUUUUACCUGCACAGCCUCCUCAGCCUGAGGCAGGAUGAAGACUCUUAUUUCCUGUCUCAGAAUGAGACAGAAGAUAUCUUGGCUCUCACCAGGCAGCACUUUGACACUUCUGGAAGCCAGUGUAUGGAAACCAAAACGCUGCAGAAAAGGUCUGGGAUACUAAGCAGUGACGGUGCUGACGAAAAUACGCUUCCUCAGUUGGCGGCAACAAUCCUUGCUUUGUCUCUUCAAGGUGUAUGUCUGGGGCAAAGCAACUUACCUUCCCCAGACUAUUUUACAGAAUAUAUUUUCGGUUCCUUGAACAGUACAAAUACUCUUCACCUACCGGAACUAGACCAACUCCUCAACACUCUCUGGACCAAAGUUACCUGUAACAGAAAAGAUCAAGUCCAUCAGCUUCAAAGGAAAAAAAACAACAUAACAAUUCAUGAUGGGAGUUACCCUAAUCUAUCGGUAUCCAUGAACCGAGAGUCAGUGGAUGGUCCAAUUUCCUGGGAUCAGACUUGCUUCUCCGCUGGGCAACUCGUGGAGAUAUUUCUACAGAAUAGCCUUUCACCUAUUUCUAAGGAGGACUUUAAGCAAAUGAGUCCAGGAAUCAUCCAACAAUUGCUCAGCUGCUCUUGCCAGCUGCCCAAGGACCAGCAAGCAAACCUUCCGCCUACCACUCUGGAGAAGUACGGCUACAGCACGGUGGCUGUGGCCCUGCUCACGCUGGGCUCCAUGCUCGGGACAGCGCUGAUCCUCUUCCACAGCUGCGGGGAGAACUACAGGCUCAUCCUACAGCUCUUUGUGGGCCUGGCUGUGGGGACGCUCUCUGGGGAUGCUCUGCUCCACCUUAUCCCUCAGGUUCUUGGUUUACAUACGCAGGAAGCCUCAGAGUCUGGGCAUUUCCAUGAAAGCAAAGGUCACAUUUGGAAACUGUUGGGACUAAUUGGAGGCAUCCAUGGGUUUUUCUUGAUAGAAAAAUGUUUUAUUCUUCUUGUAUCACCAAAUGUCAAGCAGAGCGUGCCAUUGGUUAACGGGCACGUGGGACAUUCCCACCACCUUGCACUCAACUCUGAAGUAAGUGACCAGUCAGGCAGAGGCAAGUCUGCUUCAACUAUCCCGUUGAAAGGCCCAGAGGAAUCCCAGGCGGCUGAAAUUCCUAUAGGUGGUAUGACAGCCUCCAACAGAAAAUGCCAACCCAUGAGCUCGUUAGCAAUAAUGAUACUGGUGGGGGACUGUCUGCAUAAUUUUGCAGAUGGCCUCGUGAUAGGAGCAGCCUUCUCGUCUUCAUCAGAGUCUGGAAUAACCACGACAAUUGCUAUCUUGUGUCAUGAAAUUCCACAUGAAAUGGGAGACUUUGCUGUGCUCCUAAGCUCUGGGCUUCCUAUUAAAAUUGCCAUCCUGAUGAAUUUCAUAAGUGCUCUAACUGCCUUCAUAGGACUGUACGUUGGCCUCUCAGUAUCAACUGAUCCUUGUGUUCAAAAUUGGAUCCUGACAGUUACUGCUGGCAUGUUCUUAUACUUGUCCUUGGUGGAAAUGCUUCCUGAAAUGACUCAUGUUCAAACGCGGCGACCCUGGUUGAUGUUUCUCCUGCAGAAUUUUGGAUUGACCCUAGGUUGGCUUUCUCUGUUACUCUUGGCUAUAUAUGAACAAAAUAUUAAAAUAUAAGUUAAAAGCCUCAAAAUCCUUCAAAAGUGAAUUUAUAUGGUCUCAUUUUUGUUCCCUUUGUUGUACUCUAUAGUGACUUGUAAAUUAAGUAUUUUUACCUUAGUGAAGUAUGUCUUUUAGUUCAUUAACUUAUUAAUUUUAUAAUGCAAUUUUGUGUUUGUAGUAUAAACAUGUCAGGUUGUCCUUAAUAAAAAUUUUGUUUUCAGUCUACAACAUCAUGGAAAUCAUACCUUUUUUAGUUAUUAGUAAAUUCUAAAUUAAUUUUGGUAAACUUUUGAAAAUAUCAUUUUCUUAAUAAAAAAAUGUUUGUUGGUAAUAUGUGAAGUGAACAGAUGCCUGUUGGGAUAAAAUUUGCUACAACUUCCUUGAUGUCAAAAAUAUUUUUUUUCCUGUGCGAUUAUAACCAUAAGCAAA